GUCAUCAGUUCACUUCAUGAGAACGAGUCAGAUGGAGUUGAGAUCCUCGCAGUGAACUUGCAUAUAAACGUGGUUACUAAAAUAAAUUAAAACCAAAAACAAAACUCACGUAAACAUCAGUGCCGGUUAACCUAAAAAUUAUUAUUUCAAUAAAAUAAUUUAUUUAAAAAAAACUCAGUCAAAGAGACCGCAAUGAUCAAAAGUGCUGACAAUUUAUCACUCAGACUAUUACUGAUAAAUUAAUCAAGUGAUUGAUAAAAAAACAAAAGUUUUUCACUAAUGAUGGCGUCGACAAGUGAAAAAUUUCUUUGCUCGGAUGAAGUAAGAGUAACUCAUUUGAAUGAAAUCUGGGAUGAUUUUAGCAGUGGACUUGAUGGUAUUUACAAGCAGGAAGCAAUGAACAGACAUCGUUUUAUGGAAUUGUAUUCCCAUGUCUACAAUUACUGUACCAGCCUUCAAGAAGAGGGUCAGAGAAAACAUAAAGCUGAAAAUAAUUCUGCCGCUGGAUUUAAAUUAUACGAAAAACUGUGUAAUUAUUUGACAAAUUACACCACCUCUAGUAUUAAACACAGUCAGAAUUUAAUGGGGGAGGAUCUUUUAUUUUUUUACACCCGGCAAUGGGAAGAGUUCAGAUUCAGCAGCCAAGUAUUCGAUGGAAUAUGCGCGUACUUAAAUCGCCACUGGGUACGCAGAGAGUGCGAGGAAGGGAAAAAAAGUAUUUACAUAAUUUUCCAUCUCUGUCUCAUCACCUGGCGGAAUAUUGUAUUCAGGCAACUAAAUGACCCGAUAAUGAAUGCCAUUCUCGCGUUGAUUGAACGCGAGCGCAAUGGAGAGACGAUCAACACGCGGUUGAUAACUGUGGUAAUUAACAGUUACGUGGAGAUCGGCAUCACUGAAGACAGUCCUGGUACUCAGGCGGAAACCAUGCAAAUCUACAAGGAUUCCUUUGAAAAAAAGUUCCUCGAAGACACUGAACGCUACUACACGCAAGAGAGUGUCGACUUUUUGAGCCAGAAUCCUAUCACUGAGUAUCUGAAGAAAGUUGAGCACAGGCUGGCCGAUGAAAAGAAGAGGGUCCUGCUGUAUUUGCACAAGUCGACUGAAGAAAUAUUGACCAGAACCUGCGAGCGGGUGCUGAUUGAAAAGCACUUGGAUAUUUUGGUGAACGAGUUUAAAAAUUUGCUCACACAUGAGAAGGAUGAAGAUCUUGGGAGAAUGUAUUCCUUGAUGGCCAGAGUUCCUCAUUGUCUUGAUAACAUGCGCGAUGCACUAGAGAGUCAUGUUUGCAAUGUCGGAUUAGAGACUAUUGCUAAAUGCAGUGACACUGCACUCACUGAUCCGAAGGUUUACAUCGACGCGAUAUUGGACGUCCACAAAAAAUAUUCUCCGCUUAUUUCAAGCAGAUUUGAUGGCGACAUUGGAUUUGUCGCUGCGCUUGAUAAAGCCUGCGGUAAAUUUAUUAAUAAUAAUGCAGUAACAGAGGCGGCAAAGAGCACCAGCAAAUCACCGGAAUUGCUGGCUAAAUAUUGCGACGCUUUGCUGAAGAAGACCACCAAAAACGUUGACGAGGCUGACAUGGAGGACGCGUUGGUCCGAGUUGUAACUGUGUUUAAUUAUAUAGAAGACAAGGACGUUUUCCAGAAGUUCUACGCGAGAUUGUUGGCCAAGCGGUUGGUCAAUCAGAUGUCGGCGAGUGAUGACGCAGAGGCUUCGAUGAUAUCUAAGAUGAAAGCAGCUUCCGGUUAUGAAUACACUUCAAAAUUGCAGAGAAUGUUUCUGGAUAUUGAAGUGUCUAAAGAUUUGAAUGAGACGUUUAAGAAACAUCUUGCUAACUCAUGUAAUGAAAAACUGGAUAUUGAUUUUAGUGUUUUUAUUUUGUCAUCUGGUUCCUGGCCGUUCCAACAGUCGUCUGCUUUUUCAUUACCUAGUGAGUUCGAGCGAGUGGUCAACAGAUUCACGGGUUUCUACACUUCCCAACACACUGGGAGAAAACUCAAUUGGCUGUACAAUUUAUCCAAGGGAGAGAUACAGACAAAUUGUUUCAAAAAUCGUUAUACUUUUCAAGCUUCUACGUUUCAAAUGGCGGUACUAUUGCAAUUUAAUACCGCGACAUCAUUUACUGUCCAACAAUUACACGAUGCGACCCAAAUAAGAAUGGAUUUGCUAGUCCAAAUUAUUGGAGUAUUAUUAAAAGUUAAACUACUGGUUGCUCCGGAUGGCGAAAACGAGGCUGAACUUGAAGCAUCGACGACAGUUAAUCUUUUCACUGGGUACAAAAAUAAAAAACUGCGAGUUAACAUCAACGUGCCCAUGAAAGCAGAAGUUAAGUCUGAACUAGAAACGACACAUAAACACAUUGAAGAAGAUCGUAAGAUACUUGUCCAGGCAUCGAUUGUACGGAUCAUGAAGAUGCGCAAAACAUUCCAGCACCAGCAACUCAUUGGUGAAGUGUUGAUUCAGUUGAACUCGCGGUUCAAGGCUCGAGUACCGUUGAUCAAAAAGUCUAUUGAUAUUUUGAUUGAAAAAGGAUAUUUGGAACGCGCUGACGGAAAAAGAGAUACAUAUAAUUAUCUAGCGUAGUUAUUUUUAUUGUUUGUUUGAUAAAACAGAAACUUUUCUACACAGAAAAAAAAAUUUCCGCGCAAGAAAUAUUUUGCACUAUAAAUUAAAAAUAAAAAUUUCCUUAGAACUGAAAAAAUUCAUUGGCGCGAGAAUUUUUUUCUCGCCUCCGACCUAGAGAUUUUUUUUCAAGGAAGUAAAUUUUUUGCGGGAAAUCUUUUUUUCUGGGUGAGACAUUAUCAUCAUUAUUGUGAAAAAAAAAUAUAUGUAUAAAAAAAUAUUUUUCUAUUUAUAGAUAUUUUUUUAAUAUAAAUAAUUAAUAAUGUGUUUAACAAAACAGUGAUACUAAUUGAUAAUGAUAAUAAUUGUUAAGUAAUUCUUAACUUGAUUUGUAAUUUAAUUAUCAUUUUAUAUUUAAAUAAUUCAAUAACUAAUUUUUCUUUUAGUAAAAAAAUAUUUGUCAGUAUUUAUAAUUCC